AUGCAGCAGCAAGUCAUGAAACGCAACAUGUCAUCAGAGUUUGGUUGGGGCAGUGGAGCAGAUGGAGGUUUGGGCCAGCAGAGUUCCACUUCAGGCAGUGGAGCAUGGACAUCCACCCCCAACCUGGAGAACACCAGUUCCCCGUCCACAUCCUGGCAAGUCAUGGGCAAGUCUGACAGUGCUUCUGAUGCAGGAGAUGAUGCAUCCUCUGUGAAGUCUGGCUCCACCAUCACCAACGUGACCAACAACACACCUCAGUCACAGGAUUCCACAAACACAUCCAACACUGGAGCUCUUCAGACCAGCUCUAGUCCCUGGAGUACAUCCAAUUCCACACUGCCAUCUAUGGACUCAAGUCCCUGGGGCAAUAGCAGCUCCUCUGCAGUCUCUAGCAUUGGCUCAGUGGGCUGGGCAUCCAAUCCACCAGGUCUUUCUCUUGCCGGGAACAACACAGGGCAUAACCAGCAACCAGGUUCUAAUAUUAUUGGCAGUAACUCAGCAUUCAACUCCAGCAGCAACUCCACAUCAUCAUCUUUGUGGCCCUCUAAUCUGUCUGGAAGUACCUCAAACCAGCCGCCAAAUAUGGGCGGUAGCCUCUCAGCUCAGUGGCCUAGCAGUUCAAUGUUGGGCAAUAUAGGUGACUUGUCUAAGGGCUCAGAUUCUGCUUGGAACCACCCAGCUUCCUCUGUAAUUGAUAACAAGGAUUUGAGUGGGGCUAGCUCUGAUCCUAGGAUGUGGGGCAUGUCCUCAGAUAAGGCCAGUGAAGGUCAGUGGGACACAUCCAAAAGCCAGUGGGGAAAUAAUGCUCUAGCUGCUAGUGCUGACCACAGUAGCAGUGGCACAGAACUCUCCUUUGCCCAGGCCACACUGAAAGGGUUGAAGAUCCCACCCACACCAACCACCCCCCAAAGUCUGGUCAGUUCACGACAAGAAGACAUUUUACGUGCCAUUGAGAGCCAUGAAGGCUGGGGUUCAAGGCCGGUCCGUCAAGACACAAGUUGGGAUGUAGACAACUCUCCCAAGUCUCAGCGCAAGUUCUCCACUGAUGGAAAUGCUGCGGCUUCCAAUGUGUGGAACAACAGCAACGGAACAGCAAUAUGGGAAGCCUUGCGCGGCAACCACAGUAACAACUGGAGUGGGGCAGCUUCGUCCGGGGGCAAUUCUUGGAAUGUAGACAAAGAUCAGACCAGCUGGGGAGGUCCACCUAAACCAGCACAGGAUCCCAACACCUGGAAUAUGGGAGCAAAUGCAGAUCCAAAGACAUUUGCAACCUGGGGAGCUACAGGGGGUGCAGGAGAUGCUUCCAAUAAAAUGUGGGGUCAGAAGACUGAAGUGGGAUCUUGGGGGGAGGGUGGGGUUCAGCGACCACCUGGUGUCUCCUCAUGGGGGGAUGAUGGGGAUGGUGGAGGUUGGGAGGAUCAGCACCGCAUGGCCGCUGGUGUUGGAGGCAUGCAGAUGAUGGUGCCCCCCAGUCCUGCUUUGGGAGGUCCCGCAGGCAUGCCUGCAAUUGUGCCUCAAGGAAUACCAGGCAUGAACACUGCCGUGGUCAACUCUGAGCCUGGAGCCUGGAACGAUGGUCAGAAACCUGGGUGGAAUUCAGCUAGUUCGGCUGCCGUCAGUCGCUCAAACUUGGAUGAGCCAUGGAACAAACCACCGCCGACUAGAACUGGAUGGGGAGACCCAGCACAGGAUGGUGCUGACAUUGACAAUGGAACUGGCAUUUGGGUGGCUGCUACACCCAAGCAGUUACCUCCGCAGGCGAAAGUGGCCAGCUGGGGAGAAGCUUCACAACAGGGUCAGUGGAAUGCUGCUGUUGGGGCCAAGGCUAAAGCACCCGGAGGAUGGGAUGAGGCGUCAUGGGCCAUAGCACAGAGAGCAAAGCAAUUACCUUCACAACAAGUACCACAGAAGUACAUGAGCAGUGGCAGCCACCCACCUACACAGAUGAGAGCCAAGCUUCUGCAGCAGCUCAUGGACUUGGGAUAUCGGAAAGAAGAAGCUCAGAAUGCUCUAAUUACCAACAAUCUCAACCUGGAGAUGGCCAUAAAUGACCUCAAGUCUGGCAAUGUCAACAUGGCCAGGAAAGAUCUUGACAUGGACGUCUUCCAGACAAAUAUAUCUCAGUCACGUAUGCCAUACAUAUCCAAGGGAGGGCUGGGGAGUGAGGAGCUGUCAGACAUGCGCCCUGACCAAGUGCCUACUUACAACAACCUACAGAAUACUCCGUUCCCUAAUGCCCAGAUCCCUAACCAGCCAUUCAUGGCCAGCAAUGCUAGUCUGCCAGCCUCUGGUCUCAACGCCAGCAAUUCCAGUAUUAAUUCAAGCCUUCAACAGAAACUGAUGCAGAAGAUGCAGCAGCAACAAGCCCCACCAUCAUUUGGUCAGAGAGGAGCACCUGUACCCCCUGUUGGGACCGCCACAAACAACCCAUUGCCUCCACAGCAGCAGCAACAAAUCCGCUCCCAGCUCCGCCAGGCCGUCAGCAGUGGCUUGAUAUCACAACAGCUACUGAACUAUCAGCUGCCUCACAACAUCCUGGUGCUGCUGCAGCAGCUCCUGCAGCUUCAGACUGCUCUCCAGAAUGUUGUAGGCAAGCAGCAGCAGCUGAUGCAGCAGGCCAGAUCUACUGGCAGCCGCAGCAAUCCUCAGCUGGAGCAGAUGCCCGGAAUCAUCAGCAGCAUCAACCAGCAGAUCAUCAGUGUUCAGAAGCAACUCCAGCAAGCACAGAGUACUUUCUUCAGCAGCCAGAAGCCACCCAGCCUGAGCCAGACGUCUGGGACAAUCACACCACAAUCAAACCAGCAGCCAGGAGUCGCCAUGAUGGACACUUUAGAUGCUCUCAGUACUGACUUAGCAAAUGUAGCUUUACAGAGCCAGUCUCGUCUGACAACUCAGUGGAAGCCCUCCAUGGAUGCUUCAGCUGCUGCUACAGCAGAUACUACCACCACGAACUCAGCCGUCACUGCAGCCAACAAAGUUGAUGAUGGUGGAGACAGCAAAGCUCCAGGAGCAAAGGGACUGCUGCAGUCUUCAUCAUCACCCAAUCUUAGUCUCAUCCCGGGUGGACUGGGAAUGACCGGUGAUAAAACCUGGUCUUCUAACAUGUCAUCUACAACUUCCUCCAACUGGCCCAUGUCAUCUAGUCAGAACAUAGCUAGCAACUCUCAGACUGACGUCAAAGUCUGCAACUCUAGCAGCACCUCUACCUCUCUAUUGUCAGGCUUACACUCAGGUCUCUCCGAUGUCAUUCCAGAAUUUGUGCCGGGCAAACCCUGGCAAGGUCUGGCCAAGAAUGUGGAAGAUGACCCUCACGUGACCCCAGGCAGCAUCCAGUACCAGCGCUCACUGAGUGUCAACAGAGUUCACGAUGACUCGCUGCACAAUCUGGAUGGUCACAAAUUACCCAACAGCUCCUGGGGUGCCAACCUGAAGUCAGACAACAGCCUGGGACUAAGCCAGCUGGGCACUCGGCCACCUCCUAGCAUGUCCUCAACCAUGACCAAGGGUGUGGGUCAGCACUGGCAGCCGGCAGCAGCAAACUUCAACAGACACACCUGUUGGCCCCAUUCUGCCAACUCGGCAUUCACUAAAGUGACCGGGUCUGGCUGGAAUGAAAACACCGGUGCCAUCAGCUCGUGGUUGCUGUUAAAGAAUCUGACGGUGGACCCCAACACUGUACGAGCUCUUUGUGCCCAGCAUGGCACACUGCUCAGUUUCUACACGGUGGCUCAAGGUCAGCUGGCCUUAGUGCAGUACAAUAGCAGGGAGAUAGCUUUUGGGGCCCAGCAACAUCUCAACAAUUUCCAGAUGGGUACCUCUAUCAUCACAGCUGAGUUCAUUGCUGAAACAGAUGCCCAGCGCUUCACUGCUCAGAUCCCACCUCCACAACCAACAGCCUUUCCUCCCAUGAACACUAGUCCCUGGUCCCAAGCCCCACCUGCGACUCCGUUCCAGAAUGCUGGAAUGCGUGGUGGAGACCCGUGGAGCAGCAACUCCAUGCUGUCCCAGCCCAGCUCCAAGUUUGCCUCAGCAGGCGAAAACUUGUGGGGCUUGUGGGAUCGGUCCGAUCACAACUUCAACCCUCUUAGCAACAUCCUUGGAGGAGAGUCCAUGUAG